UACGUUUUCGCGUAAUAAUUAUAACAAAAGUAACGGAGAAGCGGAUGAUGGUUACGGCUAUAAAAGCAAGUUCGGCGGUAGACGAGGAGUUAGUAUCGCUUCUGCCUUUUUUCCUUCUACGUUAGUUGAACCUGUUGAAAUGUUCGUUAAGUUUGUAGCUCUGUCCGUGCUAAUUUCCUGUGUCGCAGCAGGAAUUUUGGGAUACGGAGGAGGACACGCCGAGCAUUUAGUUUAUCCAGCACAUGCGGCCUAUGUGAAGCCUGAGGUUGAUUAUUAUUCACCAGCAAAAUACGAAUUUAAAUAUGGAGUAGAAGACUUCCACACUGGAGACUAUAAAACCCAACACGAAGAACGCGAUGGUGACGUAGUAAAGGGCAGCUACACCGUAGCUGAACCUGAUGGUACCUUAAGAACUGUCCACUACACCGCUGAUGACCAUAACGGUUUCAAUGCAGUUGUUACUAAGUCUGGGAAAGCCCAUCAUCCGGAACAUUACACUACGUAUGACAAUGGGCAUUACUAAAUAAAUUUAUUUUAUCUGUAUAGGGUACACUGGCCUAGAUAUGUAAAUAUAGCAGGGCGCGAUGUGUUUUAUCGCAUGAUAUAAUUAUUUAUUCUGCCAUAAAUUGAUUUUUUUUAAA